UCCAGCUCAGUCGUCAUCACCCACUCCGGCCGCCUCCUCCAACACCAAGCCGUUGACCUCGCCGGCGCCGCCACCCGCCAACAUCCACAUGGCGACGAGGCUGAAGCUCUACUCGUUCUGGCGCAGCUCCUGCUCGCACCGCGUCCGGAUAGCCCUCCACCUCAAGGGACUGGAGUACGAGUACAAGCCGGUCAAUCUCCUCGCAGACGAGCAGUCAGACCCAGAGUUUGAGAGGCUCAACCCGAUCAAAUAUGUCCCGGCGUUGGUCGACGGCGACGCCGUCGUCGCGGAUUCCUUUGCAAUCUUGCUGUAUCUUGAAGACAAGUACCCUCAGCAUGCUCUGUUACCACAAGACCCAACAAAGAAGGCACUCAAUAUCCAGAUUGCAAGCAUAGUUGGUUCAAGCAUUCAACCACUUCAGAACUAUCCUGUCCUUAAUUUUAUUGAGGAGAAAUUAGACUCACAGGAGAAAAUUAAGUGGACCCAAUAUCACAUCAACAGGGGAUUCACAGCUCUUGAGAAAUUGUUAAAAGGCUGCACAACUACAUAUGCCACUGGAGAUGAAAUCCAACUGGGAGACCUCUUUCUAGAACCCCAAAUAUACGGUGGCAUUAAGCGCUUUGGGAUAGACAUGUCAAAUUACCCUAUCCUGGCCAGGCUUCAUGAAGCGUACAUGGAACAUCCAGCUUUCCAAGCCGCACUGCCAGAGAAGCAACCGGAUGCACCUUCAUCUCCUGAGUUCUGAUCAUAUCUACAUUGAAACAUAUACAUAUAGUAGGAUUAAAUAUAAGUCCAUGGCUCAAAAUGAAACAGAUCUCUCAUACUUGGAAUGGCUAAAUAACCUCUAGUCUGGCUGCACCAAACUGUAGCAAAUCCAGCACAAUUGAGAUGUUAUUUCUCUGUUUUGCUUGUAUCUUCCCAGCUUGUUCAAACAUUUACUAUUGGAAUUAUUGUAAUCCUGUGACCUAAUCUAUUCUAUAAUGCAAUCCAAUGGCUGAAAUCAUUUGC